AUGCGCACCACGCGAGCGCGGCUUGUCCAGUUCUCAAGGGCCUUCUAUCAUGAGAAUCCUCUGGGUCUACCCCGAUCAGGCACUCCUCCAAGCUGGCCAAAGCGGCCCCAGAGGAGAAAAAUCCAUGGUGUCGAAAAGGUCAUAGCCGUCUCGUCAGCCAAGGGCGGUGUUGGUAAAAGCACAAUAGCAGCAAACUUAUCGCUGGCUUUUGCCAGGCUGGGCUUUCGUUCGGGCAUUCUGGACACCGACAUCUUCGGUCCAUCCAUCCCCACGCUCUUCGAUUUGUCUGGCGAACCCAGACUAUCAGCCAAUAAUCAGCUCGUCCCUCUGACAAAUUAUGGAGUCAAAACCAUGUCCAUGGGCUAUCUCGUCGGGGAAAGUGCGCCUGUGGUCUGGAGAGGCCCAAUGGUCAUGAAGGCGAUUCAACAGCUCCUCCACGAAGUAGAAUGGGGCGGGCUAGAUAUUCUCGUCCUUGACCUACCUCCUGGUACUGGCGACACACAAUUGACCAUAACCCAGCAGAUCAUGCUAGACGGAUCUGUCAUUGUGACGACUCCUCACAUCCUCGCUACCAAAGACGCUGUCAAGGGCAUCAACAUGUUCAAGACGGUCGGCGUCGACAUUUUAGGCCUCGUACAAAACAUGUCCAUCUUCAAGUGCCCCCACUGCCACGGCGAGACAAACGUGUUUGGCUCCAAUCAACGGGUAGAACGCAUGUGCGAUGAGCACAAGAUUGAAUUCUUGGGCGACAUCCCCUUGAGCCGCAAUAUAGGGGACGACGGUGACAAGGGGAAGCCUACUGUCGUUUCGGAGCCCACAAGCGAUAGGGCCUCUUGUUUUUUAGAUAUCGCUCGCGCCAUCUCUGGGAAAAUAAGCAUGGAAUAA